AUGGCUACAACCACCAAACCAACUGCAAACGACGACUUGUUUGAAAACUCAAGUUCUUCAUCCAGUGUCCCUCACAACAAAGAGGUCUCAGAGUUAGAGUCUGUAAACUCUGCUGCUGAAAGAGAAGGCGGUGAACACGGUAAUAUUUUAGCACAGUACACCGAGGAGCAAGUAAUGCAAAUGGGCCGUAAUUACGCCCACAAGUAUGACUUGGAUCCAGAUUUGUUUGGCAGAGCCGCGGUCCUUGCUAGAGCACCCAGUGCAUUCAAUUCCAUGUCCUUCCUCACCGACGAAGAAAAACAAGGAUUAUACCUCGAAGCAACCAAGAAAUGGCACAUCCCCAGAAAAUUGAUAGAAGUUAUUGCUGUUGGUGCGAUUGCCGCUGCUACCCAAGGUAUGGACGAGAGUACCAUUUCUGGUGCUACCUUGUUUUACCCAAAAGCGUUUGGUGUGACAGAAAUGAAAAACGCCGACUUGAUCGAAGGAUUGGUCAACUCAGCACCAUACUUGUGCUGCUCAGUCAUUGCAUGCUGGACAUCCGAUUACUGGAAUAGACAUUUGGGUAGAAAAUGGACAAUUUUCUGGACCUGUUUAAUCUCCGCAGUCACUUGUAUUUGGCAAGGGUUUGUCAACAACUGGUGGCACUUGUUUAUUGCCAGAUUCUUCCUUGGGUUUGGUAUUGGGGUCAAAUCCGCUACUGUUCCUGCUUAUGCCGCUGAAUGUACACCAAAACACGUUAGAGGUGCUUUGGUCAUGUUGUGGCAAUUCUUUACCGCAGUAGGGAUCAUGUUUGGGUUUGUUUCGGCAUUGGCAUUCUAUUAUGUGCCCCACAAGAGUUUUGGUACGGGGUUGAACUGGAGAUUGAUGCUUGGAUCGGCAUGUAUCCCGCCCAUCAUUGUUUUAUUUCAAAUUCCUUUUGUGCCAGAAUCACCUCGUUGGUUAAUGGGUAAAGAUAGACACAAAGAAGCAUUUGAGUCGUUGAAAGCGUUACGUUUUGAAGAGAUUGCUGCUGCGCGUGACUGCUUUUAUCAAUACGUCUUGUUAAAGGAAGAAGGUACUUAUGACAUACCCACCUGGAAAAGAUUAAUCCAAAUGUUCGCCAUUAGAAGAAAUAGAAACGGGGCAAUUGGGUCAUGGAUCGUUAUGUUUAUGCAACAGUUCUGUGGCAUUAACGUUAUUGCUUACUAUGCCUCGUCCAUCUUCAUCAAGGCACGGUACAGUGAGGUUAGUGCAUUGCUAGCAUCAUGGGGGUUUGGUAUGAUUAAUUUUGUCUUUGCCAUCCCUGCCUUUUUGACAAUCGACAAGUUUGGGCGUCGAAACUUAUUGCUAUUUUCUUUCCCAUUAAUGGGGGUUUUCUUAUUAAUUGCUGGGUUCGGGUUCUUGAUACACGACAGAAAAGGGCAAUUGGCUAUGGUCACCACCGGUAUCUACAUCUUUUCAGCAAUAUAUUCAAGUUCAGAAGGCCCAGUCCCAUUCACAUACUCCGCCGAAGCAUUUCCAUUAUACAUUCGUGAUUUGGGUAUGAGUUGGGCAACGGCAACCUGUUGGUUCUUCAAUUUCAUCUUGGCAUUCACAUGGCCAAGGUUGCAAAACGCCUUUACCCCAACCGGUGCCUUUGGCUGGUAUGCGGCCUGGAACGUUAUUGGGUUCUUCUUGGUAUUAUGGUUCUUGCCAGAAACUAAAGGGUUGACAUUAGAAGAAUUGGACGACGUGUUUGCCGUGCCAAUGUACGAGCACGCCGUAUACCGUACCAAAGAGCUCUUAAACGGGUUCCAAAGAUACAUCUUGCGCCGUAACAUCCCUCCAAUGCCACCAUUAUACCACCACCAACGAAUGGCUGUUACCAAUCCCGAAUGGAACGAUAAAACAGAAGUUGACCAUAUUGAGUAG